AUGAAGUGCCCUGAUGGCAAGGAAUCUGCUGUCUCCUGGUAUGAUGAGUUCCAGAGGCUCUAUGACACCAUCCCUUGUGUGGAAGUGCAGGCCCUGAAAGAGCACAGUGACCAGGUUCUGCACCUCAGCUUCUCCCACUCGGGCUGUUUGUUUGCAUCAUGCUCCAAAGACUGCACUGUCAAGAUCUGGAGCAAUGAGUUGGACAUCUCCCUGCAGCACAGCUCCAACAUGAGACCGUACAACUGGAGCUACACACAGUUCUCCCAGUUCAACUCUGAUGACUCCCUCCUUCUGGUGUCAGGUGUCUUUGUGGGGCCUCACAACUCCUCAUCAGGAGAGAUUGCUGUCAUCAGCAUGGAGAACUUCACACUGCUUUCCAGAGUGAGGAACAAGCCCUAUGAUGUGUUUGGCUGCUGGCUGAAUGAAACCAACUUGAUCUCUGGCAACCUGCAUCGGAUUGGGCGCAUCACCUCCUGUUCUGUGCUGUGGCUCAACAACGCUUUCCAGGGCAUAGAGUCAGAGAAUGUGAAUGUAGUGAAGAGACUGUUCAAAAUCCAGAACCUGAAUGCCAGCACUAUCCGGACCGUGAUGGUGGCUGAUUGCAGCCGGUACGAUUCCCCGGACCUGCUCCUGGACUAUGAGGAGCAGCUGGCUGCUUCCACCUCCUGCCCGGUCUUUGAUCUUGGCAGUGACAGUGAGGAAGAGGAGGCCAAGCCCAAGCAGACUGUGGAGCCAGCAGUACAGGAGCCGCCGGCUGCAGGGGGUGUGACAGCAGAGGCUGGGCUGCAGCAGCUCUUUGAUGAUAUCAUGGAGGGCCGUGUCAGGCCUGCCAUGACCGAGACAGAGCUGGAGACAAAGGUGGCUGAGCUGUUUGUACGCAACAGAACUAAACCGCCCGAGCUGAACCUGCUCUCCACGGACAGCAACAGCAAGACAAAAUACUUAAUCUUCACCACAGGAUGCCUCACCUACUCCCCACACCAGAUAGGGAUAAAAAGGAUCCUGCCCCAUCAGAUGACAACUGCUGGGCCAGUGCUUGGGGAGGAGAGGCGCUCAGAUGAGUUCUUUGACUCCCUGGAUCAUGUCAUCGACAUCCAUGGGCACAUCAUUGGCAUGGGCCUCUCCCCUGACCACAGGUACCUGUACGUGAACAGCCGUGCCUGGCCCCGGGACUGCAUCAUCUCUGACCCGAUGCAGCCUCCCCCCAUUGCCGAGGAGAUCGAUCUGCAUGUCUUCGACCUGAAGACAAUGAAGGAGGUGAAAAGGGCCCUGCGUGCACACCGGGCCUACACGCCCAACGAGGAGUGCUUCUUCAUCUUCCUGGAUGUCAGCAGGGACUUCGUAGCGAGUGGGGCAGAGGAUCGCCAUGGCUACAUCUGGGACCGGCACUACAAUAUCUGCCUGGCCAAGCUGCAGCACGACAACGUGGUGAACUCGGUGGCGUUCAGCCCAGUGGAGCAGGAGCUGCUCCUGACAGCCAGUGAUGACACCACCAUCAAGGUGUGGCGUUCCCCCCGCGCCGUGCGCGUCCAGCGGGCCAGGAAGCCCAAGCCCAGGAAACUGCUCUUCUCCUGGCUCAUGAACCAGAAAAGCUGAACCCAGGUACACCUGCUCCUGCAGCUUCUCACUGCAUCCACCUCCUCCGGAGCUUGCAGAGUUUUGAGCCCUGCGCAACAGAGACGAGCUCUGGGCACACAAAUCCCAUCUGCUGAGUCAGGAAGGGACCCUGGCAGCAGGAACUGCUUCCUCCUUGGAGCGUUUGCUUCCAAGUCAGAAUGUAAGAGCCGAGGGUCCAUUCUGGGCCCUGGUGGGCAGCAGCCCAAGCUGGUUACUGCAGGGUGGGAGCUCGUCACAGCUUCUCACGAACGCUGCUACUUGGUCACAGCUCGCUCUGGGUGAGCUCUGGUCUCUUGGGAACAGACUGAGCCUGUCUCCAUCUUUGUACUGUGUGAGCCUGGGACAUGGCUGGCCUUGCUGAGAGCUGCUGGCUGCAGAGCAC